UAGAAAUGGAAGGGAGAGUUGCGGCCCCACUGGCGUUCCUGAGGAUCCCGGGGGUGGCCUCAUGUCGCUCGGCGGAACCGAUUCUGAGCAGCGCCGGCAGGCGUCAGAGGCGGACUCCGCCGCAGCAACCUUCCGGGCUAGCGAGCAUCAGCAUAUUCGCUACAACCCGCUGCAGGAUGAGUGGGUGCUGGUGUCAGCUCACCGCAUGAAGCGGCCUUGGCAAGGGCAAGUGGAGCGGCAACUUCUGAAGACAGUGCCCCGCCAUGACCCCCUAAACCCUCUGUGUCCCGGGGCCACACGAGCCAAUGGAGAGGUGAAUCCCCACUAUGAUGGCACUUUCCUGUUUGACAAUGACUUCCCAGCUCUGCAGCCUGAUGCUCCUGAUCCAGGACCCAGUGAUCACCCUUUGUUCCAAGCAGGGGCUGCUCGAGGAGUUUGUAAGGUCAUGUGCUUCCACCCCUGGUCGGAUGUGACACUGCCACUCAUGUCAGUCCCUGAGAUACGAGCUGUCAUCGAUGCAUGGGCCUCAGUCACAGAAGAGCUGGGUGCCCAGUACCCUUGGGUACAGAUCUUUGAAAACAAAGGAGCCAUGAUGGGAUGUUCUAACCCCCACCCUCACUGCCAGGUGUGGGCCAGCAGUUUCCUGCCAGAUAUUGCCCAGCGUGAGGAGCGGUGUCAGCUGGCCUAUCAAAGUCAGCAUGGCGAGCCCCUUCUGAUGGAGUAUGGUCGCCAGGAGCUACUCAGGAAGGAGCGUCUGGUCCUAACUAGUGAACACUGGUUAGUGCUGGUCCCCUUCUGGGCAGUGUGGCCCUUCCAGACACUAUUGCUUCCCCGUCGGCAUGUGAGGCGGCUGCCUGAGCUGACCCCAAUUGAGCGUGAUGAUCUAGCCUCCAUCAUGAAGAAGCUCUUGACCAAGUAUGACAACCUGUUUGAGACAUCCUUUCCCUACUCCAUGGGCUGGCAUGGGGCUCCUACAGGAUCAGAGGCUGGUGCUGACUGGGACCACUGGCAGCUGCACGCUCAUUACUACCCUCCACUCCUGCGCUCAGCUACUGUCCGGAAAUUCAUGGUUGGCUAUGAAAUGCUAGCCCAGGCUCAGAGGGACCUCACCCCUGAGCAGGCUGCAGAGAGACUAAGGGCACUUCCUGAGGUACAUUACUGCCUGGGGCAGAAGGACAGGGAGACAGCCGCCAUCGCCUGACCAUGCUGACCACAGAGCCUUGAAUCCUUCUCCCUGAGGGAAUUGGGUCCUGGAAUUUGGAGAUUAGCGUCAAUAAAACUGUGCUCUCAAACUUUAAUCA